ACGUACGUGCAAUGGGCGCGCGCUAAUGUCAUAUCGGAUCAUCUUGACUCAGAUCAGAUCAAUCGGCUCAGCUCAAGCUUCAAUUUCGAGGAGGAGAACGAUCUUGGACCUGAUUUCGGAUUUCGCGACUGAAAAAAGUGAGGAUUGGAUUCGGAUCUUGAUUGGCUCAUUAAUAAACAUGUGAAUUCAUAUCAUGAGCUGGAAGAGACUCUUGACCCUCUUACACCUAACCUACUCCUAGCUUCAAGGACAAACUGUUAAUUCAAUGCCACUGCUACCAAACACUUCCGCGUCUCAUACAGGCAUCAUCUGUAACAUUACCAGGUAGAGCAUGACAGGAAAAUUCAUUCCCAAGAUGGGGCGAAAAUAUCAGACUGGGUUCCUGUCUGUACUCAUUCCUCUAGCACUGAUGAGCGUGGUGGUAUUCAAUGCAGAUGAAUUCAGAAGGGCAGGGAGAAAUAUCUAUUUGUACUAUCACCCUCGCCGUAGCUCUGCAGCACAAUCCAAUUCUGUGUAUGGAGGUAAUGAUAAACCUGUUGCCCAUGUAAAGAGACUCCUAGCCAAGGAAGAGAUUACAGACACUGCCAAGUAUUCUUCACAGGAUAUGAACACUGCUAUCAAUGGGGUAACUUAUAAUGAAAAUCGAGUGCUUUAUAAAUUUUAUAAAGCAACGCAGGACCCUUCGUACGAUUGCGUGAUUAGAAUCCUCAAGUACCGCAGACCAAAGGCUGAAGAAGUUUACUUGAAUAAUGAUGAAUGGAUGAGGUCUAAAUGUGAAGGUAUGCCAUGCAGUGUAGAAACGAGAUACAGUCUGAACAUGAAGGAUUUCUGGGAUUCAGAUGUCGUUGUUAUAAUGCCAGGGAAUGAGGGGAAUUUUGAGUGGAAGUAUCUCCUUAGGUCUAGGCCCCCAGGACAACUGUGGGCACUGUACUCCAGAGAGAGUCCUGUGCAUGAGCCACAGUUCACUCCACCGUCUUCUUUGUUCAAAGGUAACCCUUACAACCUCAGCAUGACGUACCGGUCAGGGUCAGAUGUCGACUUGUCCUAUGGGCAUUUUGUGCGAGAUAGUCCUAGCAACGUGAAAGGAGGAACAAAGUCACGGCUGAUGAUGUGGAUGGCAUCACGAUGCGAACCAUUAGGAUGGGAGAGAACCAAGUUUGUCCAUAAUUUGCAGGAGCAUCUGGAUGUGCACAUUUAUGGAAAGUGUGGAACAUUUGAGUGUCCAAAGCACGAUUGGGACAACUGCCUGAUAGAGAUGCAGAAAUACAAGUUCUAUCUAUCACUCGAGAACAGUGAAUGCUCUGAGUACAUCACUGAAAAGUUCUGGAGCAAUGCAUUCGCCACAGGCAUGGUUCCCAUUGUCUUUGGGGCAAGGAAAGAAGAUUACGUAAGGACAGCACCACCACAUUCCUUUAUUCAUCUCAACGACUUCAGCACAAUGGAAGAAUUUGUGGAAUACAUUAAUUUAUUGGAUCGGAAUGAGACUCUGUAUAAUAAAUAUUUUGAGUGGAAAAAGUUCGGAAGGACUUACAUGGGUACAGGGUUCAGAACUGCAUUGAAUUCUCAAAAUCUCUGUAACUUGACCAAAAAGCUGGUGGAGAUUACAUUGUACCCAGAGAAUUCUUGGAGAGGGAGGACCCCUGAUUUUGGAAAAUGGUGGAAUCCUACAUGUGAGCACCAGACAGAAUUAUUAGGUGUAAAUAUAUAGAUUGAGAUGAAGGUACUGUACAAUGUACAUGUACAUGUGUAGAAAGUUUUAUUCAGAAAGAGGUCAAGCAAAACUAAAGCAAGGAAGUGAAGACGAAACAGGUAUCCUGCCCAAGGCACCAUUCAUAGAAACCAUUUUCAAACAGUCAUGUGUUGGUUUGUUUCAUGAAAUGAAAGAUCACCGAGAGUAGAAUAUAAUGAAAGAACUCUAUUUAAUUAUGGUAAAAGCCAAAAAGAACAGAUUGUAUGCUUCAACUAAUAAAUGGUGUCAAAUUGGCAAAUGAUUAAAAAGUAGAUCAAUAUUGAUAUAUUUUGAGAAGGAAACCAUUCUCACCUCUUGAGGAGAAUAAUAUGAAAUUAUAAGACAAUGCAGUUUCAUUUGAAAAGUUUGUGGACUUCCUAUCACAACACAUUGCACGUGUAUAUCAUAUUUAUUAGUGUGACUGAGAUGUUGGCCAAGUCUUACUCGUAUUACAGUUUCAUAAGAUGCUGCCAUAGUCUGCAGUAUCAUUUAUUUAGCAGCAAACAAACAAAAAGUGUACUGUUUAUCUUAUUUUGCAGGAUUAUUUGUUUUGAAACAAACGGUUGUGUCUUUUGAUUUAUUAGUGCUGCAUUGUUGUUCUCCUAAAAAUUGUAUGCAAGGAAAUUAAAAUUGGGGGUUUAAAUUCAGUAUUUGGAGGCUUUGGAAGUUGUCAAAAAAUUAUUUUGUUUUCAUAUCUGUUCUGAAGAAAGCUGAAAUAUUAGAUGCAAUAUAAUGCUAAACUUACAUUUACUUUGUGUACUUGUACAUGUACCUAGUUUAAUCACUAUAAAGACAAACCUAAAUUCUAUGGCUAUAUGUAAAUUUUGUUGAUGUAUUUCGUUAUUUGUCAAGAUGUCUUAUUGUUGAUCUAUGCUAUGCUAUGCUAUGCUAUGUAACAUUGAGAUACAUUGUACAUGUACUUCCUUUACAUGUCUUUUGCAAAGAAUGUGUUUAACAUCGGAACUACAUACACUUUCUGCUUCUCAACAUUCAGAUUCAAUCACUGCAAGCCAGGUACUCGUAAACGCAGUAAAUGUUUUAAUAGUAAUAAUAAUAUUCAGCUUUUAUAUAGCGCUUAAAUACAUCGACGAUGUCUCUUAGUGCUUAACAGAUAUAUUAUUACACAGUUCAUCGGAUUCAGGCUUGCUCGCACACAAUGUACAUGUAUGCACAUUCUCCACUCCCUGGGGAGCAUUCCAGCCAGGCGUCACUUUUUACAAGCGCACACUUGCUCAUUUAAUCAUAUUAACUUUCGCAUCAGUCCUAACGGGUACCAAUUUAACACCUGGGUGGGGAGUGGAAAAUGUAGAUUAACGUCUUGCCAAAGGGCACGAGUGCUGCGGCGGGACUUGAACCCGUACCUUGUGAUCUGCAGUCUGGUGACUUAAUACUCAUCUACAACAUAUUUGUUAGCCCAAGUUCAUUUAACUAAAGAGAAUGUGAUAAUUAAGCCGCAAUGACAGGCUUACAUUGUAUAUAUUAAGAGAAGGGGCAGUUGGCAUCAGAUAAAUCUAACACAUAGAACCUGUAAAGGCAACUUUUUUUUAUGGUGGACUUGUGUAUUAAUGUGCAUGUAUCCUGGGGCACAUUAGGAGAAAAAAAAGGGGAUUUUUUUUUUUUUUAAAUAAAUAUUAUCGUUGUUCAUAAUAAAUAAUUAUUCUUCAGGUUUUUGACAUGUCCAUGUACAGUAGUGUUGCAAAUGCGUCAGCAAACAUGAAACGUACAUAAAUGUAUAUGAAUUUUUCAGACAUGUUUGACUUGGUGUUUGUCCUAGUGCUGUCAAAGUACAUUGUAAUAUUUGAACUUUCUUCAAAACCAUAGCUAACUUUAGUGUACAUGUACCUGUAGACUUGAGAGAUAGUUACACCAGCGGAAGUUGUUGCUCAUUGGUCAGUAUCAUGGAGCCUGAAAUAAGUCCUCCUUUUGAGAAUAAUAUAUAUGAUUUAUGGAACGUCAAAUUCACAUGAGUAAAAAAAAGUUCUAUAGUCCAAAGAGAUGAAAUCUUGUAAAGGCAGAGUUGUUGGAGCUCAGCGAACUACAUGUAUUAUGAGUUCCAUGAUUUAACCUAUGGCCGCGCUCACGUAACCCAUGUCACUACUGUUUCUUUCAAUAUGCUACUGUAUGUUUGUCCAUACCCCCCCCCCCCCCCCUCUUCCCCUGCCCCAAUUUCUCUCCUAGUUGAUAGUUUCUUAAUUCUGUACAAAUAAAUUGGACACUAACACAUUAUUGAUAUAAAUGGUGAAUGGAGACUGAAUUAUAUGCUACAUUGGUCAAGUAAAAAUAAGUAUCGCAGAAAUAUUUUAAACAACAUGUUUAUGUAUCAUUUUAAGCAUUUAUUUAUUCAGCUCAAACUAACAGUAUUAUUAAUGUUAAAUGUUUAAUUUCCCAAAUACUUCCGCUGUGUUAUGAUGUAGUAAAGAAAUACAUGUACCUCAGUUUCAGUACUGUGUCAGUUGCAUAGUAUAUCAGAGAAGAAAAAUCAAAAUAAAUUAGGAUGAGGAAAUAUGGGAAAUAAAAGUUAUCUCAAUUUUUGUUAUGAAAAUGUUGCUAUUGAUCAAGAUAAUUACCAUGUAAUUACCUUUUAUUACACCAAUCAUUAAAAUACUUGAAGUAUUUUGACUUGACAUGGCAGACAAGGGUUGAGGGACACCACUACCAUCUUGGAGUAUUUAACACUUUUGUAAUAUUUAUUUUUAAGUCAACAUUGCAUUUUGUAAUGUUUUGGUGCAUUUCAUGAAGCUAUUUUACUAAAUGAAAAUGUCAGUCAUAUGAAACAUUCAAAUUGUCAGUUAUUUUAUGUCAGCUCAAAAAGAAAAUGUAUGUGUGCUAAUUUUGUUGUUUUUGCUCAAAGCAGUUUGACUGUAAUUAUCAUUGUGUUCACUGCUAUUGUCUUCUUGCAAGCCAACUCGCAGACAAAAAAAUAGCUUGACAGAAACUAACUUGUUCAACAGUUAAAAUAGUCUUCUUUUUCUUCCAAUCUGGAUAAAAAAAUACACACUUGCCAUCAAGAUUGUGUAGUUAUUGUGUACGGUAUUCAAAUUAUUUAUGGAUUCAAGUGAUUACUACGAUUAUUGCCCUCAUUUUAAUUGUUUCAAAUCAUUGUUAUCUAUCCCUAUCCAAACAAACCAUCUUAUGUUUAAAAGCCAAUUUUUAUAUUUCUACAAUAUCCUCAAUUGAUAAAUGAAAUAGACGGCGGCAAACCCAAGUUGCUAAUUUUUGUUAGAACAGAACUGAUUUCAUUAUUGCUUGAAAUUACCCUGUUUUCUGUCAUUUUGAAAGAAUCCAGUCCUGAAUAUGGUUACCGGUAUUGGUAAAAUAAAACGCGGUACCCUACUACCUGGUACAUUUUGAUAGGCAUGGUCAAGAGGCACAAAUUCUCAUACGGAUUGUACACUAAUGGUUGGAGAUGUCUGUCAAAAUGGCAAUCUGACAUUUGCUCUGGUGACAUUUGCUUCAGGCUUUAUUUCGUUAAAGAGAUUUUGUUUUAAGAUCAUUCAUCAGGAAAACUGAAGCACACAUUUUCAGAUUUUGUCUGUUUUAUUUAUUUGUUUAUUUAUUUCGUUUUAUUUCAACAGGGUAGCCCCAUCAGUAAUUAAAAUACUGUUAUACUUGUUGAAUAAAAAAAUUUAAAAAAACUUUAAUCUUUUAAUGAAAAAUCCAGAAUUUUUACCGGUUUUGAAAUAUGCAGUACUUCCAUUUGCCAAUAUAGCAUAAUGCAUCUUAUAGUAUAGUACGUCAAUGUUUAAUUUGUCUUGCUGAAAUGUCUGAAUAUUUUUGUACUAAAAUAAAAAUCAUUGUGAGGUUAAGAUGGAGUUGCUAACAAAAUAAAAAUGUAUUAAAAACCUUAUUUAAUAUG